AGUUAUUUACUCCCCAAAAAAUCGGUUCUUUCGCUUUCUAGAUUCAGUUCCGUUAUGUCAACGUAACUGUUCUUUUCUUUUCUUGACUUCUCUAUCGUCCACGUGUUCUUGUUCCUCCUUUUCUUCACCCUACAGCUACUUCCCAAUCCUCAUUCAACACAUGUUCUUCCCACUCUCAAUUUUUCUCUCAUUCUGUUACUAGUUUUCUUUUCUUCUUCCCAAAAUGGAUCAAGGAACAGACUUUAAACUCACCCAGAUGAAAAAGUCUGUUGAAAAGCUUGGUUCUUCUACACAGGGUUAUGGGGACCCAACAUUAAUGAGGUUUAUGAUUGCACGGUCAAUGGAAUCAGAUAAAGCAGCAAAUAUGUUUGUCCAAUGGCAGAAAUGGAGGGAUACUAUGGUUCCUAAUGGAUUCAUUUCAGAUUCUGAAGUUCCUUAUGAAUUAGAAACUAGAAAGAUCUUUUUGCAGGGUUUGUCUCAAGAUAAAUAUCCUGUGAUGAUUGUUCAAGCAAGUAGACACUUCCCUUCCAAGGAUCAAGAUCAAUUCAAGAAAUUUAUUGUACAUUUACUGGACAAGACAAUCGCGAGUGCUUUCAAGGGAAGGGAGGUAGGAAAUGAAAAGUUGAUUGGAGUUCUUGAUCUGCAAAAUAUUGCAUAUAAGAAUGUCGAUGCACGUGGUUUAAUUAUGGGAUUUCAAUUUUUGCAGGGUUACUACCCCGAGCGUUUAGCUAAGUGUUAUAUUUUACAUAUGCCAUGGUUUUUUGUGAGUGUUUGGAGACUAGUUUCUACCUUCCUAGACAAGGCAACACAAGAUAAGAUUGUAAUUAUAAGCAAUGAGGAUGAGAAAAAAAAGUUCAUAAGUGAUGUUGGUGAAGAUAUUCUUCCAGAAGAGUAUGGUGGAAGAGCAAAGCUUGUACCUAUCCAAGAUGUUGAAGUGACACCAUUGGAAAAUGGAAGAACACAUUGACUAAAUUGUUUGCUUGACAAUUAAACCAUCAUUUUAGAGUCUAAAUAGGGGGCUUCAAUUGCUUAUAUUCCUAACCCCUUUGUCAUAUAUAGAAUUUUAACUAGAGGACACAAGGGUAUGAUAAGAUAGAGUAUACCUAUUCUAUCCUUCUGGAAAACCAAAUAAUGAAUUGAGACACGAUAAGAUAAUUUAUCCUGAAUUGAGAGAUGUAAGAUAAUUUAUUCUAUUUUGUCUAUGUUAAAGACUUGUUGCUGCGA